ACAGAUUACACCUUAGAUGUACACAUGCGCCCUGCAGAGGUGUUUGAUUCAUGUCCAUUGUGCAAUCCUGCAGUGCAGUGUUCGAAACUUCAAUUUUAGGUCAGGUGGAUUGCUGUCGAUUCAAUCUGCAGGGCGCCCCCACUUCCUCUUUGGGUUCAAAUUAGCAAUUGCCAGCCGUUUCAGGUUGGCUCUCAGCAAGGGCACAGGAAUACUGAGCUUGAAGUGCCUGAGUAAACACUUCGAAAUGUCUAUAAAAGCCAGCGAGAGUGGAGAGUUUUUCUCUCCGACCACAUCGUCUCACGUUCGGAACUCAUCUGCUCAGCUUCAAUCAACUUUACGCUCCUCUAUUCAGGCCUUGUAUCAAGCAUCUCAAAAUGCAAUUCAAACAUCUUGCCCUCGCUGUUGCCCUGUCUGCCAGUCUCAGUCUAGCUGCUCCUGUCCAAGGCGUCUCGGCCGUUGAGAAGCGGGACGCUGCCACUGUCAAGGAAGACGUCUCCUCUGUUGUCAAUGAUGCCUACGGCAGAUACAACGAGAAGCGCGCUGAGGACAUCUCUUCCGUUGUGAACGAUGCUUAUGGCAAAUACAAUGAGAAACGGGGUGAAGAUGUCUCUUCCGUUGUCAAUGACGCCUAUGGUAAAUACAAUGACAAGCGCGCUGAGGAUGUCUCUUCUGUUGUCAACGAUGCUUAUGGCAAGUACAAUGAGAAACGGGGCGAGGACGUCUCUUCUGUCGUGAAUGAUGCCUAUGGCAAGUACAAUGAGAAGCGGGGUGAAGAGGUCUCUUCUGUUGUGAAUGAUGCUUAUGGCAGAUACAAUGAGAAGCGUGCUGAGGACGUCUCUUCUGUUGUCAAUGAUGCAUAUGGCAGAUAUAACGAGAGGCGGGGUGAAGAUGUCUCGUAUGUGGUCAACGAUGCUUAUGGCAGAUACAAUGAAAAACGGGGCGAGGAUGUUUUUUCCGUGGUCAAUGACGCCUACGGUAGAUACAAUGAGAAGCGCGCUGAGGACGUCUCGUCCGUGGUCAACGAUGCCUACGGCAGAUACAAGGAAGGGCAGUAAAUUUACUACCAACAAGGCAUGUUAAAUGGAUUCCACGUGGUUCUGGGCAUACUUGUAUCCUCCUCUAUAAGUCUGGAGGCCGGAGCUGGCAGGCAUGGAAAUAUCUCUGGCCCACGGGCUUUAUAACCUGAAUACACCUGGAUUCUUAUAGUUGGGAGAGGCUGGGUUGGAUGAGCAUUGGAAGGAGCUCCAAUAUCAUGUAUCUAGUCCGGAAUAAAUUUUACAUGGUAGCAGGC